CAACGUCUGACAAUUAUGACUCAGAGAUGCCUUCCUUGCACUACUUGAGUACUUUCAUUAUUCUCAGUUAUUUCCUUUUAAAGCUCAACCAGCAAAGGAUGUUUUCUGAAACUCUUAAAACGCAAACCAUCAUGGCAUCAAUGCUUUGCGUUGGCAAUGGAAACCCACUUUCAAUGCUUGUAUGCAUACCUUCGACUGUCAGCAUUAUUCCUCGGAGGACUAAACCUCAUUUAAGCCUUGUCUCUAGUACUCCUUCGCUUACAAGUUGCUAUACACGCCACAAACUUGGGCAUCUCAUCCGUCCUGUAAUUUGCGCAUCAUCAGACAGGUCUCCAACACCUUCAAGAAAUGAAAACAAUUGCGACAACAAAAUUGUGAAAGCCGCAGUGGGGGCAUCUGUAGCUUUGGCUUGUGCUCUUGGUAUAAUUGGUGGUAACUUCAGAAUGUAUCCUAAAGCCAUUGCAGGUCCUAGGGAAUUAUAUCAGAAAGCUCCUCAAGUAGAAGAACAUCCAUCAUCACUUGCGAAGCUGGCACUCGAAUCAUUCCUGGAUGUGACAUCGGACCUGGCUUCUACCGAUGCAGUGAGCCCAAUUGCAACUUUUGAUCCGCCUCCAAAUCCUUCAAUAGAACAGGUUAAAGAGAUCAAGAAGCAUGCAGUGCGUCUUAUGAUAUAUGGGGAAGCUGAAGAAGCAGUGUGGUAUCUGCAAGAAGCAUUUGAGAAGUAUAAGAACGAUCCUGAGCCUGCAUACAAUGUGGAAAUGGCAUUAGUGGAAAUUCUCAUUUAUCAGCACGAAUACGAACGUGCUUUGAAUUGCGACUGCCUCAACCAUGAUGAUCAACUCGGCCCUUCAGAUGCCCGGGUUUUCCUUUACAAGGCUAUUAUAUAUACCAUGUUGGAUUUCAACGAGGAGGCAAGGAUAUGGUGGGAAAGAUACAUGUAUGCUGUUGAAUGAGGAUUUCUGCCUGCAAGAUAAAUUUUCCAUGUAAUCAAAGAGGGACAACCACUGGCAUCAUAAUAUCAAUAUGUGCGAAAAUAUAUAUUUUAACUA